AUGUCUGAGAAGUUUGUUCAUGCUGUUUUGAAUCAUGGUGAACAUUCUUCUGCGUUUCGUGUUAAUACUUUAAUCCCCGUUGAUGAAUUGAAGCAUUUUGACUGUAAGCAGUGGAGGUCUUUGUCCCCUUUGAGUAUACGUUUUUCCUAUAUGGAUACUAAUCAAGUAGUUUUUAUACAAGGUGAUAUACAACUUCAAGGUUUAGUUACUCUUGUUAUUCAGAUGAACAAUGAAGAUUUUUAUUUGAAUGUUGAUGUGAUUCCGAAGCAUACUGGUUGUAGCAGUAGUUCAAGGGUGGUCGAUCAUGACGCGGACAAGUCCAAGCCUCUCAUUAUCGAUGAACGGCGUUAUGUUUUUGACAAUAUUGGUAGAGAAUUUGUGGGUGGUGUUAAAGCUGUAAGGAUUGUUGUUGAUCAAUACAAGAUGUGUACUUGUUACAAGAUUCUUAUUCUUAAAAACGACAAGACUCGUUUUACUGCGAAGUGUGAAGAAGAUGGUUGUGGUUGGAAGAUUCACUUUGCGCCUGUGAAUGGUGACAUUUCUCGGGUUGUGCUGAAAAAUUCUAACGUUAUUCACAGUAUACAGGGUGAUCCCACUUUAAAACCCAAACAGAUCAUGUCACUCUUUAAGAAAACUUAUGGGUCCAAUAUUAAGUAUCACCAUGCCCGUAGAGGGAAAGAAGCUGUAUUUGAAGAUCAAUAUGGUGACGACGAGAAGUCGUAUAGCGAUUUAAAUUGGUAUCUCGGGCCCAUGAUUUACUUGGACGCUACUUUCCUCAUUGGUAGAUUCAGGGGUACUUUGAUGGCUGCAACAUGUGUCAAUGGAAAUGAUGGUUUUUACCCAUAUGCCUUUGUUAUUGUUUUAUCUGAAAACAAAGAAAAUUGGUUUUGGUUUCUGGAUAAUCUUCAACAAGUGGUCGAUGAUCGUCCGAUUGUUUUCCUUAGUGAUCGUCACGAUGGACUUCUGCAGGGCAUUCCAAGAGCAUUUCCUGGUUCAUAUCACAGCUAUUGCUUUUACCACAUCAAGUGCAAUCUCCCUAUUGGAAAAGGUGAUGAAAAUUACAAUGCCGUUAUUGAUUUGUUUUACAAAGCUGCUUACUCUUACACAGCAGCGAAUUUUGAAGAAGCUUUGCGGGGCAUGCAUGCAAUUGGUUGUGGACAUGUUGCUAAUUAUCUCAGGACCAUUCCAAAAGAGAAAUGUGCAAAUGCAUUUUUCCCUGUAUGCAGAUAUGCUGCUCACUCUUCAUCUAUUGCCGAGUCAUUCAAUAACUGGAUUCUUGAGUUUAAAAAGCUGUCUACUUUUGCUCUUCUCGAUGCAAUACGAUGA